UUGUACUUAUUUUUUUCCCUCAUUUUUAUUUAUAAGAAAAAAGUGGAGGAAACCUCAAACACUUGUAUGAAUAUUUGUGUAAGCAGAGAAAAGCCUAAGAAAGGAUAUGCACCAAACAAUACUGGUACCUUUAGGAGAGUGAGAUUUGGAAGUAGGAAGGAGACUACUUCUUUAUCACUAAUAUUUAAAUUGUUAAGAAAAAAAAACAGAAGGAGCCGAAAUGGAAAGACUUAAAUGGUCAACAGAAAACAGGGACCUUAAUCCGAAUAGUUUUAGAGGACUAAGGCUGGCUCCUAUACUGAUUUCCCAAGUUUGUUUAUUGUUAAAUAGGUUGUGUGUGCUUGAUAAUCUCCUUAGAUAGAAGACUGAUGCCCAAAUAGGUUAAAAUGUGUGGUGCUUGGUAUUUCUUUUUGUUUUGCUAAUAAGCUUUUCCCUUAUUCUGGGAAUUUCCUCUUUAGCCCAAUUAAAUUUGUUAAGGAGGGCCUCUAUGAAAAGGCCCUUCUUUGAGGUCUCUAAGUGGAAAUGAUUGGUCCUAGAAAAUCUUUCCUCAGUAGCUCAUAAAGCAGUUGAUAAUUAUCGAAGGCUUAUUAUGAAGGGUGUCUCGGUAUCUUCCCUCCAAAAUGCUAAGAAAUAAUUUAGGCAACAGUUCAGACUCUAAAAAUGAAGAUGGCUCGGUCUUUUCACAGACUGAACACAAUAUUGUUGCAACUUACUUGAUUAUGGCAGGUAUUAUAAGUAUUAUCAGCAACAUAAUAGUUCUGGGCAUCUUCAUUAAGUACAAGGAACUUCGGACACCCACAAAUGCAAUUAUUAUUAACCUGGCUGUUACUGAUAUAGGGGUCAGUAGCAUUGGCUAUCCCAUGUCUGCUGCCUCAGAUCUGUAUGGAAGUUGGAAAUUUGGAUACGCAGGCUGUCAGGUUUAUGCUGGAUUGAAUAUUUUUUUUGGAAUGGCAAGCAUUGGAUUACUCACGGUCGUGGCUGUGGACCGAUACAUGACCAUCUGCCUUCCUGACAUAGGGAGAAGAAUGACCACCAACACUUACAUCGGCUUGAUUCUGGGAGCCUGGAUCAAUGGCCUGUUUUGGGCUUUGAUGCCUAUCAUAGGGUGGGCUAGUUAUGCCCCAGAUCCUACUGGUGCUACGUGUACCAUAAACUGGAGGAAAAAUGAUAGAUCUUUUGUGUCUUACACCAUGACAGUUAUUGCGAUAAAUUUUAUUGUGCCCUUGACAGUGAUGUUUUACUGCUAUUACCAUGUCACGCUAUCCAUUAAACAUCACACUACCAGUGACUGCACUGAGUCCCUCAACAGAGACUGGUCAGAUCAGAUAGAUGUAACAAAGAUGUCUGUGAUCAUGAUCUGCAUGUUUCUGGUGGCAUGGUCCCCUUAUUCCAUCGUGUGCUUAUGGGCUUCUUUUGGUGACCCAAAGAAGAUUCCUCCCCCCAUGGCCAUCAUAGCUCCACUGUUUGCAAAAUCUUCUACUUUCUAUAACCCCUGCAUUUAUGUGGUUGCUAAUAAAAAGUUUCGAAGGGCAAUGCUUGCCAUGUUCAAAUGUCAGACUCACCAAACAAUGCCUGUGACGAGUAUUUUACCCAUGGAUGUAUCUCAAAACCCAUUGGCUUCUGGAAGAAUCUGAAAUAAGAGAAAAGGACACACUAUCAAAACACUUUAUUUUUUUGACAAUGCUUUUCUUUUAAAUAUGAGCCCAUUUAGAUCAAGUGCAGACAUAGAUCAUUGUCCUAUGAGACUGUAAGCUCCUCAAGCGCAGCUCAUGCUUCUGUUUGUGCACUCUGGCUGCUGUAGUGUAUGCUUCUCUGUGUCCUGAUAUGUCAACUUAUUGCUCAUCUCCUUUGAUGAAUUAGGCAUCAGAGGUUAAGGUCCCCUUUCUUUCUCCCUAUUAUGGCAUGCAUUACACUGUACUGAUGACCUUUAAAUUGCCUGGCUCCUCCAUUAGAAUAGAAGCAGUCACUAAUUUAAUGUUAGAAUAAAUGAAUAAAAACAAUAAUAAUGAAUAAUUCUAGAUAAUUACUGAAAUGAGUUGUUGGAUGUUUCCAGUUAGAAUAGAAAGCAUUUUUUGCAUUUCAACAUUUUAACAUUUAAAUCAAUUAACUUAUAUUAUUAAACAAAAAUAAAUGAACAUUAAACAUGAUUGUUUCUAAAUAAAAUAUUAAGCCAAUGCAUAUAUAUUAUAUAGCAUUAUAACCCCUGUGCAUAUUUUGAUGUUUUCUGCAAUUUUGAUUACCAUUUUUCUGCAUAUAUAUUCCAUAUAUUUGCCAACAGAGUUACCUUCAAUCAGAGUGGAGAUUUUUAUAUGUUUGUUCUUUGAUGUAUCCUUAGCACAUAUACCCAAUUCUGUCUGGCAUGCAGUAGGCACUCAAUAAAUAUUUUUUCAAUGUCAAA